AUGUUUGAUAUCUGCUUUCGCCUCAGUUUAACGAUCAUUUUUAUGCGUAACAUAUUGGGUCAGCCGUGCAAUCAGAACAUCGACUGCCAGACGAUCAGCGGCGGGAUGUACUGCAAUUCGCAGAAGAUCUGUGACUGCACUCAAGCGUACAUUAACAUCAACAAUUUCUGUUAUCCAAAAAUGAACCCUGGUCAGAGUGGCUGUCAUUACGACGAACAGUGCAGCAGCGUAUGGCCGGGUUCGAAGUGUGCCUCCAACUUCGUUUGUCAAUGUCCCUUUGGACGACCGCCAGCAAUGACCAUAGAAGGACCCGUGUGCACGUCAGGAAGUAGCUGUCCAACGAACGGACUAAACUCAGCUUUACGGCUUCGGGGCUCGGUAGUCAAAUGCACCAAAGACGAAGACUGUCCUACAGCGUACGACUGCAUUUGCGAAACGCCCCGAGCGGCCAUGAACCUACCUUGCACGGGACUCGGUUUCUGCUGCCCAAAGAGAGCACUGGCUUGUAUCAUGCCGACCGAUCCGGGGCAAGCGAUCGCUUACGGACAGCUUACCAUCCGAUGGAGUUACGAUGCCGCCAGCGCUGGCUGCGUUCAGUUCCAGUACCUGGGUAUCGGAGGAAACGCCAACAAUUUCGAAACGCAGUCGCAGUGCCAAAGCUACUGUCAAACAGGUAUGCUAUAUGCCAUAUUUCAUAUUCAUGCCGUUGUUUUUCUGCACAAAAGAUCGGUCACGUCACAAGAAACCUGUAAGAGGUUCAUAUACUUCGGCCAGGGAGGCAACUACAACAACUUUCCAUCUUUUGAAGCAUGCAUGGGCUAUUGCAGCCAAAACUUCGUCUGCAAUCAGCGCAUGGAUGCCGGCAACGGAAGGUACAGCAUCAUUCGCUGGUAUUACAAUCCUAAGGCGAUGAGUUGUGAAAGCUUUGCAUACACCGGCUCUGGAGGCAACUCUAACAAUUUCGAUUCAUACAGCAGCUGCAUGAAAGUUUGCUCUUCUGUUCAGCCUCCUAAGUGUCCUCAGGGUCUACCGGAGAUGCACGAUGAAACAUACGUGGUAUGUUCGCCUAACGCGCAAAUGAGCCGAUGCUCGCCAAACUACUACUGCUUUUUCGAUGGCCAGCAGUACGGCUGCUGCCCUACCAGAAGUGCUAACACUUGCAGUCUCGACCCAGAAUCGGGUUUUGAAUGCGGCGGGGGAUCGUCUUCCCGUUGGUUUUACAACAAGCAACUUGGCAAAUGCGGUACUUUCAAUUACAACGGUUGCGGCGGGAAUUCGAAUAAUUUUGCCACUGAAAUCGACUGCCUCAGAUACUGUAGCUGCCCAGACGGAAGCAAUCCGUAUAUUAAUCCACAAACUCAGCUGUACCUGUCAUGUGCAGGCAAUGUCUAUGGCUGCCCUUAUGGAUAUUCUUGCGUACAGUUCAGUGGUCGCUACGGUUCAGGCAUUCAGAACAGCUACUGCUGUCCUCAAAAAAGUACAAUUUGUAAAAUGGCGAGAGAAGCCGGAAAUCAGUGUGGAAGCAGCGGUCAAACUAUCGUCCGUUAUGGCUUCGAUACUGCUAUAAAGAAGUGCAAGCCGUAUCAAUACAAUGGCUGUGGAGGCACUCAAAAUAACUUUGCGACAAAAGAAGCUUGUGAAUUGUUUUGCUUUUCUCUGCUUUUCGUUCUUCGAGUAUCCUGUACUUGUCAAAUUUUGCCUAACUCAUUUUCACAGAUAUUUAUUUGUCAUAUGUUACCUCCUCUCAGUGAACGUAGAAAAGCUUUCAUCCAGAGACGUUCGAAAUGGCAGAACUCUAGUAUUUCCUCGACGAAGGUUCAACUAUAUUUGGCUGGCAUCUUGCUGCAUCGUCAAGCACCUUCUGUUCCUCUGGAUGAGAUAUUCCAAUUCCUCACUGUGAACUCCCUCUCUUUGCCCCGUCUGUAUCCUUCAGACAUGGCAGCGAUUCUGCUGCUGAUUGGUAUCUUCUUCAUUCAUCAUCUUCAAGUAGAUCUUCGCAGUGGUCUCCGUGCUGCUACACCAUCAGCUGCCGGAAAAUGUGAGGAUUUCGAUCGCCCCCUUUUCGCGGUCAUUCUCAGUUCCCCAUCAGCCGUCGCGGCCGUUGUUAUUCCGACGACGACAGUAUAA